AUGAUUCUGCUCAUACACACAGAUUCCCGUCUUCACACACCCAUGUACUUCUUGCUUAGCCAACUCUCCAUCAUGGACACUGUCUACAUUUGCAUCACUGUCCCCAAGAUGCUGCAAGACCUCUUCUCCAAGGAAAAGACCAUCUCCUUCCUGGGCUGUGCAGUUCAGAUCUUUCUCUAUCUGACCCUGAUUGGAGGGGAGUUCUUCCUGCUGGGCCUCAUGGCCUAUGACCGGUACGUGGCUGUGUGCAACCCUCUUCGAUACCCUCUCCUUAUGAACCAUAGGAUUUGCUUGCUAAUGGUGGUGGGCUCCUGGAUUGGUGGUUCCUUGGAUGGAUUCAUGCUAACUCCCUUUACUAUGAGUUUCCCCUACUGUGGGUCCCGAAAGAUCAACCACUUUUUCUGUGAGAUACCAGCGGUACUGAAGCUAUCAUGUGUUGACACAUCACUCUACGAGACCCUCAUGUAUGCCUGCUGUGUGCUGAUGCUGCUUAUCCCUAUAUCUGUCAUCUCUGUCUCCUACACUCGCAUCCUGCUCACCGUUCAUCAGAUGAACUCUGCUGAGGGCCGGAGAAAAGCCUUUGCAACCUGUUCCUCCCAUGUUAUGGUGGUGAUCAUUUUCUAUGGGGCAGCCUUCUAUACCAAUGUGCUGCCCCAUUCAUACCACACACCAGAGAAAGACAAAAUUGUAUCUGCCUUCUACCAUCCUCACACCAAUGCUCAACCCACUCAUCUACAGCUUGAGAAAUAA